AUGAAAGUCGAAAGUAAACAGUUAGAAAGUUCAGUUACUUUGAGAGGUGAAUCUUUGCCCACCCAGGAUGACAGACAUGUCAAGCAAGAAGGGUUGCUGCCACAGGGGCCACGGAAGUACUGGGAGAUCUCAGCCCACUGCAAUACUAUACGACUCCCUCAGUCGAAGCCGGAUAUAUCCUUUGACAAUCCUUCGAGCAACUACUACUACCAGCUACUGACCAGCGCUGCACCUAAUAGACAAGAGGCAAAACUCAUAACACAGGCGCAGCUUCAGGGUUUAGCCAGACUGAAUCGAUCAAAGAUGCAAGUGAGAAAUUUUGUUUUCCCGGUCCAACUCAUGAAAAUGAAGCAUAUGGACCCACAAUCGAGGCAGAAAAUAAUUGAAGAACUAUGCAAGUACUUUAGUUUGCAGCGAGGACUGUACAACAUCGUGCUGGAGCAGGCAGAAUUGAAGUUCCAGGACUUGUGCUGCCUCCUGGUGGCCAUCGCAGGGAGUUGCAGAGUCAAGUCUCUGUACCUAUGGCAUGUCCUCAACACCUGCGAAAAACCUUUCAAGGGACCUCUACAAAGUGAUAUAGUCCUAGAUGACCUUCCACGGGUUCCAUAUACUUACAACCCUGGAGGCAGAAAAUACCUGAGAGAACUCGGAAAGGCAAAAGUACACAAACUAGAGAGAGAAAUUUCAAAAGAAACUAAAAAAGUUGUAAUAAGCGAUGAAAGUCUAACUAAGAAAUCUGACUUGAGGAAAGUUCCAAGUUAUACAAAUAAAUCUGGAGAAUCCUCCUAUAAUCUUAGAGUUCAGCAGUCACCCAAUGUUGAUUCACAUGACUUUAUGGUACGGACACAUUCUAGAGUCGAUUCAAACAACCUUUUUACUCAACAUCAAAAAGAGGGUAUGAAAAAUAAAUCAACAUUAAACCGCUCUGUAAGCUACGCAGAUCAGAAUACAUUUUCACAAACAGAAAGUUACAACAGUCAGACUACCGGACUAUAUUCAGAUAACAUUUUAAAGCAAAACGUUAAUGAAAAUAAAAGUGUAAACAAUAGUUUAAAAUUAAAUCAAUCCAUAAGCUUUGCACAACAGAGCACUUCACAGCAAGAAAGCUACCACAAGCACUUCACAGCAAGAAAGCUACCACAGUCAGUCUACUAA